AUGGUGUGCAGUGCUGCCCAGAGCUUUUGGAUGACCCUGGGACAACGCAUGAAACGCCAAGUCGAGGCCAAGGGCUCCAGUAGUCAGUCCUGCUUGCACGCAGAGCGAUCAAACUUAUUUCCUCUGUUGUUCCCAGGACAUGAAAGUUACAUCACCUUUUGCCACUUGGAAAACGAGGCUGCCUUCACGUGCAGCGCAGAUCACACCAUUCGGAAGUGGGAUGUGGUGACGGGGCAGUGCCUGGCCAUUUACCGAGGCCACACGUCGAUUGUGAACAGGAUCCUGGUUGCCAAAGACUAUCUGUUCAGUGGCUCCUACGACAGGACGGCCCGCUGCUGGAGCGUGGACAAGGAGAAACAAAUCCAGGAAUUCAGGGGCCAUCGGAACUGUGUCCUGACUCUGGCUCACUACUCCUCCAGGGAUGUUCUUGAGGAAGAGGAGGAGGAAGAGGAGGAAGAGAGGGUGAGCAGAGACCUGCUGGUGACAGGGAGCACUGACUGCACUGUGAAGGUCUGGUGGGUGUCCAGCGGGCGCUGCUACCAGACCCUGCUGGGACACACCGGGGCCGUCCUGUGCCUUAUACUUGACGCACCAAACAGGGAGCUGUUCUCCGGCAGCACGGAUUACACCAUCCGCACCUGGAAUAUUGUCACUGGUGAGCAGCUCAAAGUGUUCAAAGAGCACCAAGGAUCAGUCAUCUGCCUAGAGCUCGUGAACCGCCACUUGUACUCGGGGAGCGCGGACAGGACAGUGAAGUGCUGGUUAGUUGACACUGGGGAGCGAAUCCAAACGUACAAGGCUCACAAACACAGCGUUAGCACUUUGAAAUACCACGCUGGGAUCUUGUUCACAGGAAGUGGUGAUGCCUGUGCAAGAGCUUUCAAUUCCAAGAGCGGAGUCCUGCAGAAGAUCUUCCGAGGACACAAGUUCAUCAUCAACUGUAUCCAGGUCCACAACGAGUUGCUCUACACGGCUUCCCACGACGGCACGCUGAGGAUCUGGGACAUCCGGGGAAUCUGCAAGAGAAAUAAGCGGCGUUUGAAGAAGGAGAGGUCUGUCCAGGGCAGGAGCUCGCAGAAGGGGAGCCUGUCUCGUCUCUUCAACAACAAAGUGGGCUGUAUGGUACAGCAGGAGAACGGGGAACACGAGGCCGUUGAACUCAUGUGACGGCCCGGAACGGGCUUUCCAUCGGUGACCAAAGCUGAACAUUUUGUUUUCUGCACCACUGUGUCCAUGUAAACCAGAACUUGGAAAGAGAUGGGAAAUGGCUUUGCUCGAACCUCAGUGUCUUGAGCCAGGGUUCUCUGUGACUGCCAGAUGGACUCCAGUCAGAUCCUGUCGCUGCAGGUGACUCAGCUGAGCAGCUCUGGGGCCAGCAGGGAAGGCAGGGUGGUUCAGGUGUGGUACCUCUGUGUCUGCAAUUAGAAACUUCUCUUGUUUCAGUUCCCUAGGGCACAGAGGUGCUGCACAUCUCUGCCUGACCAGUUUCUAAUGAGAGAAGUUUUCCCCUGUUGCUGUUGCCCACUCACAUGGACCCUGUUCAGCCCAAUGUGGCAGUGAAAGGUGUCCUGCAAGCACAGCUACAAAUUCCGCCUUCACAGCUCACCUUUGUGUCAGUCGUUGGCCGCCAACGCAGGAUGGUUUGGCUCAGCAGCAGGAGUUUAAAGCAGAGUUGACACCUCUCUGGGAAGUUGGGAGUAGUAGGACAGAAAUUAAUUGCUGCUUUUUUUUUUUUU